AUGUCGGCGCCGUCCGUUGUGAAACCGUCGAGUAAGUUUCGUGUGGUACUGCGCCAGGAGGACACGCCUGCGACGAAUACCGGUUCUAGAGUUGUGAGUGCUGAGAGGUCGCCGUGUGUCGCGCAGGGACCGCCUCCUCUGGCCGCGAAUUCAACGCGUGGAGUGGUAGAGGACGCGCAUGGGAGUGGUGCUGCUGUGCCGCGGCGGUACGGCGGUGCCAUUGUUAGAGUGAGUGAGUUGCAGAAAGUUGGUGGUGUUCUGCCGUUUACUGCGACGCAUACUGAAGGGCGGCCUGGUCGUGCGUCUAAAGGGAAAACGGGCACCCUUCCAGCUGUAUCAUGGCAGGCGCUUGGGAUCAGUAGCAACAGCACUGCAGAGAUGCACCCGCCACUCAGUAGUGCUUCUGCAAGAGGCAGAGGAGGGGGAGGAGGACGCGCAUAUGGCCGUGCAACGAGAGGGCAUCNGAUCCCCCCGCCACUCAGUAGUGCUUCUGCAAGAGGCAGAGGAGGGGGAGGAGGACGCGCAUAUGGCCGUGCAACGAGAGGGCAUCCGGCUCCCCAGCGUGCGGGCGAGGCUACCAACAGACGCACGAUCAGUGGGAGUCGUACUGGUAACCGGCGCACUAAGGGCAGGGGGCGUGUUGGAAGUAGGCGCACUACCGGCACGAGGAGAGGGGCACGCCGUGGAGAGGCGGCAAUGGAUAGCUUUCAGUUGCGGUCAGACGGACAGCCAUACGCACACAGUUGGUCCACCGUGAAGGGCCGCCGUCGGCUGCAUUACAACGGCAAGACAUUCACAGGUAAAACCGCUCACUCUNUACGCACACAGUUGGUCCACCGUGAAGGGCCGCCGUCGGCUGCAUUACAACGGCAAGACAUUCACAGGUAA